UUGUGUGUAAGCAGGCUGACUUUUGAAUCUCUGAGAGUCAGAGUAAGAGUUGUAUGCAAGAAGGCUUAUCAUGGUUGAUGUGUUUGACAGAACAGCUGUCCCAGGAUGAUAGCAUACACCACAAACCCCGGGGGCGCCGCGAAGCGCCGGAAUCAAGGGGGAGGGAGGAAGUUAGGUGCUCAGAUCAUCGAGAGUUGUUCGUCGGGCGGGGAGGGCAGUAAGAGUAAAUUGCAACGGAUUUUUGUUUGGGCUUUGUGGGCGUAAUAUCGUGGCAGUGGCUGCAGACCUUUUUGACCUUGUUGGGUACUGGGAAGAACGUGAUACUGAAACGUGGCGGGAAGGUUACCCGGAUCGACUACGUUGUCGGAGUUAUCCUGUUUGCGUCUUUUUCUUGCUUUUUCGGAGUACCGUCCUUGGGAAGCAGGGGUUUAGACCUGGUGGCCGGGUUCCCCCUUCGGUUUCUAUUGAUUUUGUUGUUUUUGCAGAAAAACUUGGCUUGAGGUGGCGGAAGCACGCAUCCCACAGAAACGGGAGGGUGUUCGUGUGAGUGCGUAUUAAGUCGAUCUAUAGACGAGAUGACCCUGCACAUAGGUAUGCGUCGGGUAGUACGACCAGAGAAUGAUUGUGCGGAGCCCCCACGCCAGCUGCUGUCAGCUGUCGUGUGCGUGGCACUCCCUGCUCGUUCCCCCCAACCGGGUGUGAGAGAUAACAAGCAUCUAAGCAUCAAGCACUACAGUCUUUACAAAGACAACAAGGGGAUACCACUUAGGGUUGACGAAUACUAAUAGCCCUAAACAUCAGCGAGGAAGAAAGAUAGAUGGGUUUCACACAUGUAUUCGCGGGCUUCGCCCCCUAAAUUAAACUCCAAACCCUCCGUCCCGGUACAUUUCAUCACAAAUUUGCCCCGCUCUUCCUGGAUUCUGACUGAAGGAUUCUUGGAGUCUUGGAUUCUUGGAGUCCUGGAGUCCGAACGUCCGAAACCGAUCGGCGCAAACCAAUCAAAACGGUUCUGAUUUUUUCAAGUUUCGUUUCGGGAUCGUAUUGGCGGCGAAUUAUUGCGUGUGAGACUAGAGCAUGUACCACGGCACAGAGACACGGAGCUGGAGACACGAGCCGGUUCAGAGUUGGGCGGUGGGAGACACCGCCGGCCUUCACCAUCUACUAAAGCUUCAACCCUCCCUCCGUAUGAUCGAACGGCGAGAUCAUCGAUCAAGCGCAAACCAUGAAGCGCGAGAGGUAACGUAGUCUAGACUAUUGGUGUUUGCCCAAGAGUGCUAUACGCACGAGUAUAAAGCGGGCACCGUUUGCGUUGACAUGGCUGAUGGCCUCAGUUUCCUUCCAUUCUCCUCGUUGUUGUUGUUGUUGUUGUUGUUGUUGUUGUUGUUGUUGCUGCUGUUGUUGUUGUUGUUGUUGUUGUUGUUGUUUUCGUGGAAUGCCGCAUCUGACGCCAGUGCUACUGCUGUACCAGUACCACGUAGUAGAUGUGCAUUUGCAAAGCGUUUGACAUAUGUGCGUACUGUGUGAACAUGAUAUGACAAGUCUAGCACAGUAGUUCCCAACGUUAUCGAGGGAAGACCAAAUAAUGACGGGUCCUUUGGAACGAGCCUCUUGAUUAUUCAUGCCCAAGGCAGCCCCAUUUGAACAUUGGCGUUGCUAUCUAAUUCCGGGACUGUGUCGCACAAUCACGCGCCGCAGCAUCUUUCACGUACGUACCCGGGCCUCCAUAACCUACAAUGGUUGUGGUGAGGCUACGUAAAGUGCAACGUCUGCCUGACGAGCAUUUACCCGCCGGUCUUGUUGAACCUAUAUCUGUUCGUCUUCUCACGGCUUCCUACUACAUAUAUUCUUGGGUGCAUCAUCGUGUGACUGACACCUUCUCCGCGUGGGACGUAGACACGGUCCACCGUCCGACGCUCGGGUUUCCCGCUCAAUACCGUAAUGGCGACGAAGCAGCUCCGACCCAAAGGGUAUUGGAAGCACAUGUACCUUGAGAAGCAGGAGACGCAUCCGGAGAAAUUAGCGGUGGGUUCACUCAAACGUGCCUGGGCCGUAGACAAUUGUAGUGGUUGUACGUUGUAUUUGUGUAGGUUAAGGAUGGAGAACCGAGAAAGCGCAGCGCAUCCAUCGCAAUUCAACCACCGAUGGAAGUAAGACUGUACCCGCCCCUCGUUUUCUUGGUGCUGUGGUGAUACAGAAUAGG